AUGGCUGAAUCCUCUAAUCAGCCAACUAUUGACACGACAUUAGUUCAUGUUCUAUUUGUUGCUUUUGGUUAUCGUUCAUGGAGAAGAGGUGUGAUGAGAGCCCUAUCACUGAAGAACAAACUGGGCUUCGUCGAUGGGGAUUGCAAAAGACCAAAACCAGACUCCUCAAACUAUCGAUUGUGGGAGAGGUGUGAUGAUAUGGUGACUUCAUGGAUUUUGAAUUCCUUGGCAAAGGAAAUCGCAGACAGUGUUGAGUAUAUGACAGAUGCAGUCGAAUUGUGGAAAGAGCUUGAAGAUCGUUAUGAUCAAAUUAAUGAAACAAAAUUAUACCAGAUCCAAAAGGAGAUCAAUGAUUUGUCCCUAGGAGCCCUUGAUAUUACUAGUUAUUACACUAAAAUGAUAAAGUUGUGGGAAGAACUCACCACUCUGCUUGGUAGAUCUCAUUGUACCUGA